AUGGGAUGUGACAAUGUAAGAAAAGAAUUUAAUCUUAAAAUAGAAAUGUCACCACCAUCAACACAAUUUUCACAACAAACUACGAAAAAUUAUCAUCGUUCAUCAGCUGCCACAAUUUAUGAUCAUUUAAUUAAUUUAAAAAAAUCAAAUUAUCGUCCAAAUAACAAUAAAUUGUUGAUUGAUGAUUCAUCAAACUUGAGAAAUUAUUCAACAAUUAAAUUUAAUUCAAUACCAUUAUUACCAGUGUUAGAUGAAUCGUCAACACCAUCAAGAAUAUUGUCAUUUUCAAUUGAUAAUAAUACUAAUAAUAAUAAUACGGUGUCAAUUAGUAUUGAUAAGAAAAAUGGUGAUCAACAAUCCUUCGAAAAUGAUAAUGUGACAAUAUUGAGAGAAAGAAUAGAAACAGGAAAUAAAAAUAGACGUUGUACAUUGACGAAUAUUUGUUUUAACAAUGAUGAUGGCACCAUAUUAACACAAAAUAAUGGCAAUGAACAAGAAAAUAAGCUUUCAACAAAUAGAAAUUCAAUAUCAACAUGGACAACAAUAAAUCAACACAUUAGUCCAACAGCUACAAAUCAUGCAUAUAUGAAACGUAAUUCUGCUAUCAAUAAAUUAAAUGAUUUGAAACAAACACAUUAUUCAGAACAUGAGAUUAGUCAAAUUCCAGUAAAAAAUAUUGAUCAUAAUGAUACAAAAUGGAAAUCAAUAAAUACGAGUAAUAAUGCUAAGACAAAUCAACAUUAUUUUCUUUUAAAAAUGAAUAAUAUUAAUUGUCAUAAUACUCCAAUUGAUACCAGAAUACCAAUAGAUUAUAAAACAUUGAUUUUAAAUGGGAGUAAACCACGACGAAGAUUUCAUACACUUCCUUCAGGAAAUAUGGUGAUAAUUAAAAAGAAAAGAAAUAAUCAAUCAAAAAUAAAUGAUAAUCAUCAACCAGCUAUAGUAUCAUUUGAUAUGGCAAAUGAUAAUGCAAAACAAUCGUUUCAACAGAACGACAAUAUAAUUGAAAAUCAACAUUUAACCAAUCCAUUUAAUAUAGAUUCAAAUAAUUUUGUAAAUUCAAAACGAUUAUCAAAUGAUAAAUCGACAACAAUCGCUAAACAAAGCAAUAAUAUUAGAUCUCCAAAGAAAAUAUUUCAAACAGAUGAAAGAAAUUUGCCGUUGUCGUCACUAUCCUGUUAUCGUAGUGAUUUAUCGAUAAAACCAUUUUUAUUAGAAAAUGAUCAUAGUACGUUGUUGUUACGUGAAAUAUCGUUGAAAACUGAUGGAAAAAAUAAUGAUAAUGAUGAUAGUAAUGUACAACAGUUUUGUCGUCAUAAGAGUAAUAAUAGAAUCCAACAACAACAAAAAGAAGAAGUAGAAGAAGAAGAAGAAAAGAAUAGAGUAUCGUUCUGUUCUUCUUCAUCAACAAUUUCAGCUAUACCUAUUAAUAUAAAAAUAGAAAAAAAAAAGAAUCAUUUUCUACAACAAAAUGAUGAUGAUACUGAUAAAUCAAGUAAAAGAAAAAUUAUUCUAAAACAACAACAAGAAAAUAAUGAAGAUGAUACAUUAGUUUAUUAUCAAUCGUCUAAUAAUUUAAAACAAAUUUUAACUACUAAAAAUGAUUUAAAUCAAAAAGGUUAUAGAUAUAAACCAAUUGUUAUUCUUCAUCAAACAACUCAUCGACUAAAAACUACUGAUAAACAGCAAAUAUCGGAAGAUGAAACGCAACCACAAACAUCCUAUUCAUCGUCAUUUACUACAGUAACAUCAAAACGUGAAAUAAACAAUAAUAAUGUAAUAGAACAUUCAUCGUUAGUGACUGAUAAAACUAUGGAUUCAAAUGUAAUGCGUUUAAUUUCUCGAUUUGAUCCAAAAGCAAAUGUUGUUAAUAAACCACGUUCAUUAAAUCAAUUAAAAACAUGGCAUACAUUACCCGAUCGUUCACCUAUCAUCUCUACACAUCCAUCUGUCUCAAACAUGUCAACAAUUAUACAUGAAAAACCAAAAUUAGAACGACAAAAAGCCAUAGAUGAUAAUGAUAAUAAUUCAUAUCAUCAUCCAACAAUGAAAUAUAGUGAACGUACACGUACAGAAUUGAUUGUUCAACCACAAACAACAAUGACAACACCAUUAAAAAUUGUAAUUGACAAUGAUAUUAAAAAUCAUAUUGAACCUCAACAACCAUAUCAACCAUUAAUAACAACGAUUAAAAAUAAUACUGAUAAUCGUCCAUCACGUCGUGCAUGUGCAGCAUUAAGUAAAUCUGAAUGGGAUUUACGUUUACAAAAUGAUUUAACAAUAAAUACUAUAAUACCAGUUGAAAAUACAUCUGAUGUAAUUCAUAAUCAUCGUCCAUUAUUAUCUCGUAGUAAGAGUGUUGCAACUAUUAAUAACGAUGAUAAUGAUGAUGAGAAUGAUGAAAUCAAAACUCGACCGUUAUCAACGAUUGUACGUGAUGGUUCAUGUGUAGAAAAAUUACGAGAAUUAUUUGCUAAUAAAUCAUCAAAUGAUUUGAGAUCAUCGACAACAACGCCAUUAAAUCAAAGAAUAUCUGAUAAUGAACAGCAACAAAACUCAUCACACUAUUUAGAUAUUGAUAUUGAUCAAAAUAGACGAUUUUCGGAUGAUCCAUCGAGAAAACAACGAUCUGUUACUGAAGUUAUACCAACAAAAACCAAAAUUGAUUCGAUAAUAUUUUCAAAUAAUAAAGAUCUUAAUAAUCGUUCAAUAACAACAAAACAAAAUAAUGAUACAAGCUUAGAUAAAAAUUCAAUUUUUAAUUUAAAUAACGAUAAUAAUAACAAACGAAACAUCACGAAGCCAACAGUCAUACAACAAGAUCAAGAUUUAUCACCAUCAACAUCUCACAGAACUAUUAAAAAGCCAAUAUUAAAAAGUCAAAAAACAGUAGAAUGUAUCGAUUCUCCUGCUACUACAACAACAACAACAGCUUCUUUAUUACGAGAUUCUAAACAACGUGGAAUGCCAUCUAAAAUGGCUACAGUCGAUUGGUCAUUUGAUGCUUACCGUUUUCGUCGUUUACAAGAAUAUGAAAAGCCUACAACAACAAUAUCCACACAAAAACAAUAUCCAACAAUGAUGAAAAACAUUGCUAAAGUUGAACCGUAUAAAGUUUAUCCACAGCAACAACAAUUACCUUCAAAAUCUCGCAACAGCACUGUUAAUGUUAGACCAUUGUACAGCAGCAAUGACUAUCAAAAGGCACGUAACAAUAAUCCUAGCACGUCAUCUUCAUUAUCGGCUACAUACGGCAUGAUAAAAACGAAUGUUCAAAAUUCUGAUUUCCUUGUGCCUAAUCCUCCCUUUUCUGACAAUAAUAAUGUAAAGACGUCAUUAUCGCAAAAUUCACUACAUCUAUUGUUAAAUAACAGUAAUAGUAACGAUAAUCUUAAUUAUAACGGAACGAACUCACUCGUACAAGGUCCGAAUAAAUCCAUGUCGCAACAGUUUGCUAAUACGAAAUAUCAGAAACUCGAUCAUCCAUCAUUAUAUCAUUAUCACCAUCAAUCACAACCGUCAUCAUUCACACCAGCAUCAUCUCAUAAUAUUCAUACAAAUGGCAGGCAAUCUUCAGCUUCAUCUCGGUCAAUAACGACGAAUCAAAUACCGAACGAAGAAGAUACAUCGAGUGGAAAAUCACGUCGACGAUUUCAUCGACGAAAACAAAUGAAACGUUCGAAAAGUGUCGAUGAGUUAGGCGAUCAUCAACUAACACCAACAACAGCAGCGACUUCUCAGUCGAAAAAUAUCGUGGCAUCUUCUUACUCGCUACACCCGUCAAACCCAUUAUCAAGACAACGUUUAGCCGAUUCAUCAACUCGUCUUACAAGCCACAAUUCAUCGUCGAGUGAAAUUGACUAUCAAGAUAAUAAUAAAGCGGCUAUUCUAAGAUACAAAUCACUCGAUUCUAUCACACAUCGAACGGCACCAACAUCGUUGUUGACAAAAGUAGAUAAUAUUAACAAUCAAAGUAGAAAAUUGAAUAGAAGUCGGCCGUAUAUUUCAAAAGUGAAUGAAGAAAUGGACUUUGACAGCGAUGACAGUGUGUGUGGCAUACCAAAACCAAGAAAGUAAGCAGGACUAUAUUUCUAAGACACUAUUAGUUCGAGAGCAGACAUUCAGGACUACUGUUUCGCGCAAUCGAAGUAGUAAAAUCUCUCGUAAAGUGCAUUGAAUAUUGUAAUCGUAUACUCACCUUCAGGUAAGCCCUGAUAUUGAUCAUCAAAGCGCUUAUCAUCUAGUUGGCAGCAAUAUGUACGGCAUUCUGCGUUUACAAAUAGGAGCAUGUAUUCUACAUGCUUUGCAUAAAUUAUAUAGAAGCCACACUAAUCCUUCAAUAAAACUCGCUCAAAUGCUUGAAAUCAAAUUAAGUAUUAUUCAAGACUAAUUGUGCAAGAACGGCAAUAUACUUGUGUGUUGUGUGUGUGUGAACCUGAAUAAAACUUCAGUGAAUGAUAUUUCUGCAUGUUUGAGCCUUAGGAUAGAUGUCGAUACUUUCUGAUGAUGUGGUUGUUAGAGAAACUGUAGAGAAAAUGCAGAUUAGGUUUAAUGAUAGCAGCCGUUUCAAGCAUCUUCGGACAAAUAUAUUUAUGUUUACCACAAUAUGAUUACUUAUAAUAUCAUAACGCCUCCUCUAUUCGCAUGAAUUUCUUUUCUAUAUAUAUUCUGCUGCUUAAGAACUUUGCUUAUACUAAUGCUACACAAGCUUGGUAUAUAAACUUGAAAACCAACUACAGUACGACGAUCAUGUUAAGUAUAGACACGAAAAACUGACUGAAGCCUUGAGCUUUUCCGAAAUAGUCGCACGGAAUAUACGUUUUCUUCUUCCUUCCCAUGUGCCCCUUUUUAUAAAAUAAUCAAGCAUGAAAUUGUCCUUUUUGAGCUCUCCAGAAUUAACUUUCUUAUGCUCAUGAUCCAUUCGCGUAUUUUGAACCAGGCGCCUCUCGACUUUCAGAACUGUGCCGGUUCUGUUAUUAUUAGAACAUUUAUUUACCUCACAAGUUGAAUUUGUGCUUGGAUUUUCUCUGAAGUUUAAAAGUAAAAGGUUAGAAUGUCUACUUUAUAAUAACAUACUUGCUGUCAACCAGAUGUCUGCAUACAUUGUACUAAUGAAACAGGUCGGGAAACAGUUUCUGUAACGAAAUAACCCAGUCGGAUAUUGAGUCGCAAAUUGUCUAGAAUUAUCAGAAAGGCUUCACGCUUCACCUGAGAAUCUGUUUAAACUUCUUCUAGAAAACUUUAGAAAGAACUGUCUUACAGUUUUCAUUACUGUCCUAAACCACAGCAUCCAUCCUCUAUCUCAAGCUCUUUUUCCCCUUAACUUACAACUUCUUAGGGCCUCUGCAAAAUAGAAGCCAAGUGGACUCUUAAUUUUCCCUGGUUCAGGUGUGGCAUCGCAGUUCCUGAGAGUCUCAGGAUCGAUACUUCUUUAGGUGAAGUAAUUCCGAAGACGAAUGGAAACAUAGGUAAUCAACCACGCUGAAUCUGAUGGCAACAUUUAUUUUUCAAAUGAGUUCCAAAAACCUAGUGAAAACCUAUAUGACGUGAAAUAACCCAUUUUUGCC